UUGCUAUUAUCUCUGUAGAUAGGUGAGAUAGAGAGCUGUUUGUGUGUCUGGGAGAGGGAGAGGGAGUGGGAGCGGGAGCGAGAGAGAAGAGAGGGCAGAACCUGAAAGCGGAAUAAACAUGGCUUCCGCGGUGCUGGCCUCUGCGGCGAGCAGUGUUUUCGCAGGACUGUCCAUCAGAGGCACGGAGGUACUUCGCCUGCAGUCGUCAGGUGCCAGCAGCACUUCAGAAUCGCUUGACGUCAGAUGCCUGCGCGUCGAUAUGGCGCAUCAUCCGCAGAAGAAGGGGACCGCUCAUCACCGUAAGACGCGUCCGAAGAAACUGCAGCCUUACGACCGGAACCGCAAACCAGCGGUGUACGAACCUCUUCCCCCCGCGCCGCCAUUGUAUGCCAUUGAUGUGGAAGGCAUGGAGGAAAGAGAGAGAGAGAAGGAACUGGCUAUGGCAGGUCAGGCUGCAGCACAGUAAAGUUGUUGAGGGUGUUGAAUCCGUCGUGAGUUUGCGACGGGUUUAUACCAGGUUUGCACCGGGUUUGGACCAGGUUUCUUUCAGAUUUGGACCAGGUUUGUUCAGGUUUGCCCUCGGUCUGUGUCAAGGUUAGACCUGGGCUGUUCCGGGUUUGUACCGUGUUCUCGGGUCAGGGUUUGGACCAGGUUGGACCAGGUUUGGACCAGGUUUGUUUCAGAUUUGCAUUGGGUUUGGACCGGAUUUAGACCAGGUUUGUUUCAGAUUUGGACCAGGUUUGUUCAGGUUUGUCGCAGGUCUGUGUCAGGUUUAGACCAGGGCUGUGCCNUUUGUUUCAGAUUUGGACCAGGUUUGUUCAGGUUUGUCGCAGGUCUGUGUCAGGUUUAGACCAGGGCUGUGCCGGGUUUGUACCGUGUGUCGAAUCAGGCUUAUACCAGGCUGGUUCCAGGUCUGCACCAGGUUUGGACCAGGUUUGUUCCAGGUUUGUUGCUGGUUUUCGUCAGGUCUGAAUCAGGUUUUCACUGGGGUUGUUCCAGGCUUGUGCGGAAUUUGUACUAAGUUUAUACCAGGUUUUCUAUGAGGUUUACCCCUGGUUUGUUUCAGGUUUCUUUGCGGUUUAACCCUGGUUUGUUCCAUGUUUCAAUGAGGUUUAACCCUGGUCCGUUCCAGAUAUGGACCAGGUUUGUUUGAGGGGUUUGUGCCAGGUCUGCGUCUCUAGACCCAGGUUCUGCCAGGCUUUCUACCAGGACGCUGGACCCGUU